UUAAAAUAUUAUUUUAAAUAAUUUAUGUUAUAUAAAGUACUAUUUUAUGGAUUAACAAUGAAGUAUUUUCAUAUCAGCUAUAUACUAUUAAUUACAUCUGUGAUAAUAUUUAAUACAUACGAAGAAAAUAUAGAAGAUAAUAAGAAAAGUGAUAAUUUCAUUUGUAAUAGGACUGAUGAAAGCAUUCCAUGCGAUAACGACAAAAAAUCAAUUUGUUAUAAUGUGAUUUGUGGCUUAGAAGAUUUUCCAUUUCAGAAUGAUUCCGUUCAAUUUUUAACAAUAUGCAAUUGGCCUCAUAAAUCAUUUGAUUUAAAUAUUAUUGAAUUUCGAAAUCUAAGUUUACAUGAAGUUAAAAAUGAACAAUUCCACAAUAUCAUCCAUAAUUCAAUUCAAAAAUUCGAUUUACGAGGAAAUCAUUUAGAAAUUAUUGACAAAAAAUUUAUCGACUCAUUUCAUAAAUUGGAACACAUAUAUUUAUCAGGAAAUAGUUAUUUAUGCUCCGAAAAAAUGUUGGAUGACUAUGAAUGGUUGUUAAAUAACAGUAAAAAAAUUCAAGAUUUACAACAAAUUAGCUGUGGAACAAAUACCAGCAAUGCGUAUUAUGGUAAACCAAUUUUACCUAUACUACAAUUUAUAAAGGCUGCUCAAAAUGAAUGUCCUACUAAAUGUUCCUGUAAGGUGACAUACGUAAUGCAACAUCCCGAGACAGGAUUAACACCGUUUGUAGCUGUUAAUUGCACAAAUAUUGGAUUAAAAGAUUUACCUACGAAUUUACCAAUUAACACAACAAUUUUACAUUUAGAAAAAAACGAAAUUACAAAUCUAACAGCAUUAACGGAAAACAAAAUCUAUAUGAACAUAAGUGACCUUUAUUUAGAUGAUAAUUCAAUAUCCACAAUCGAUGUAUUAGAAGGAACAGAUUGGCUAAAUAAAUUUAGAAUAUUGAGUUUAAGAGGAAAUCAAUUACAUUUUGUUAAGACGUAUAUUUUGGAAAAUGCAUUUGAGAAAAAUAUUUACAUUUCACGAUUACAUUUGGGCAAUAAUCCCUGGAUUUGUGAAUGUCAUUUUAUUCCAGUAUUUCAAGAAUUAUUGAGAAAAUAUUCAACUGUGAUCACGGAUCAAGACAUGACAUGUAUGCUUGAAGAAAAAAGGAAAAUCAUCUAUAAACCGAUUUUGUCGUUAUCCAGAAUUGAUUUGUGUAAAAUUCCAAACACAUUUAAAUUAGAACCAUUAGAUAUUUUAAAUAUUGUUUUGGCUAGUUUAAUUGUAAUAAUUUUAGGUAAAUUGGCUUACGAUUAUUAUUCAUUUAAAAAUAGUGGGAAAUUACCAUGGAUUGUACUUAAAAUGCCAUAA